GUCGAAGAAGCAGCAGUUCGUGAGAAAGCAGUUGAGUCACUUCGCAAAAUUGCCAAGGAUCACUCUCAGGAAGAUCUCGAACGAUACUACUAUCCAUUAGUACGCCGUCUUAGCUUCGGAAAAUAUUUCACUGCCCGCAUAUCCGCCUGUGGACUUCUGAGUAUCAUCUAUCGUCAAGUAAAUAGUUACCAGCGCCGCGGACUUUGUGGGCUAGCGAAGAAGCUAGCAAAGUAA